AUGGAGGACCCGGUGGCGCCGGGGGCCGGGAGCCCGCCCGCCAAUGGCAACGGCAACGGCAACGGCGGCGGCAAAGGGAAGCAGGCGCCGCCCAAGGGCCGGGAAGUGUUCCGAAGCCAGCGGCGGGAGUCAGAGGGCUCUGUGGACUGCCCCACUCUGGAAUUUGAGUAUGGAGACGCAGAUGGGCACGCAGCAGAGUUGUCAGAAUUGUAUAGCUACACUGAAAACCUGGAAUUCACCACUAACAGGAGGUGCUUCGAAGAAGAUUUCAAGACUCAAGUACAGGGCAAGGAAUGGCUGGAGUUGGAGGAAGAUGCCCAGAAGGCCUAUGUGAUGGGACUCCUGGACCGCCUGGAGGUGGUCAGCAGAGAGCGGCGACUGAAGGUGGCCCGAGCUGUUCUCUACCUGGCCCAAGGCACCUUUGGGGAAUGUGAUUCAGAGGUCGAUGUGCUACACUGGUCCAGAUACAACUGCUUCCUGCUCUAUCAGAUGGGGACCUUCUCAGCCUUCCUGGAGCUACUCCACAUGGAAAUCGACAACAGCCAGGCCUGUAGCAGUGCUGUUCGAAAACCAGCCAUCUCCAUUGCUGAUAGCACAGAGCUCCGGGUGCUGCUGAGUGUCCUGUACCUACUGGUGGAAAAUAUCCGCCUGGAGCGAGAAACAGACUCCUGUGGAUGGAGGACGGCCAGGGAGACCUUCCGCACUGAAUUGAGCUUCUCCAUGCAUAAUGAGGAGCCUUUUGCCCUUCUGCUUUUCUCCAUGGUUACCAAGUUCUGUAGUGGCCUGGCUCCCCACUUCCCCAUAAAGAAGGUCCUGCUUCUGCUUUGGAAGGUGGUCAUGUUUACCCUCGGUGGAUUUGAGCAUCUACAGGCUCUCAAAGUACAGAAGCGGGCAGAAUUGGGCCUGCCGCCACUGGCUGAGGACAGUAUCCAGGUGGUGAAGAGCAUGCGUGCCGCCUCCCCGCCCUCUUACACUCUGGACCUGGGGGAGUCUCAGCUGGCACCACCACCCUCCAAGUUGCGAGGCCGCCGUGGUUCUCGAAGGCAACUCCUUACUAAGCAGGACAGCCUGGACAUUUACAAUGAAAGAGAUCUCUUUAAGACUGAGGAACCAGCCACAGAAGAGGAAGAGGAGUCUGCUGGCGAUGGAGAACGAACCUUGGAUGGAGAGUUAGACCUGCUAGAACAGGACCCUCUGGUACCACCUCCACUUUCACAGGCAACCCUCUCUGCUGAGCGGGUGGCUUUUCCCAAGGGCCUACCCUGGGCCCCAAAGGUCAGGCAGAAGGACAUUGAGCACUUCUUGGAGCUAAGCAGGAACAAGUUCAUCGGAUUCACUCUGGGGCAGGACACAGAUACCUUGGUUGGAUUACCCAGGCCCAUCCAUGAGAGUGUGAAGACCCUAAAGCAGCACAAAUACGUCUCCAUCGCAGAUGUUCAGAUCAAGAAUGAGGAGGAGCUGGAGAAGUGCCCCAUGUCUUUGGGGGAAGAGGUAGUGCCAGAGACGCCGUGUGAAAUCCUCUACCAGGGCAUGCUGUAUAGCCUCCCCCAGUACAUGAUUGCUCUGCUUAAGAUUCUGCUGGCUGCAGCUCCCACCUCCAAGGCUAAGACAGACUCUAUCAAUAUUCUGGCAGAUGUCCUGCCUGAGGAGAUGCCCGUCACUGUUCUCCAGAGCAUGAAGCUGGGCAUCGAUGUGAACAGGCACAAGGAGAUCAUUGUAAAGAGUAUUUCUGCCCUGCUCCUGCUGCUCCUCAAGCACUUCAAACUGAACCACAUCUACCAGUUUGAAUAUGUAUCACAACAUUUGGUAUUUGCCAACUGCAUUCCAUUGAUCCUGAAAUUCUUCAAUCAAAAUAUUUUGUCCUACAUCACUGCUAAAAACAGCAUCUCGGUCCUGGAUUACCCUUGCUGUACCAUCCAGGAUUUGCCAGAACUUACUACGGAGAGUCUGGAAGCUGGAGACAACAACCAGUUCUGCUGGAGGAACCUCUUUUCCUGCAUCAACCUUCUGAGGCUGCUCAAUAAACUGACCAAAUGGAAGCAUUCCAGAACCAUGAUGCUGGUGGUGUUUAAAUCUGCUCCGAUCUUAAAGCGGGCCCUCAAGGUCAAACAGGCCAUGCUGCAACUUUAUGUCCUGAAGCUGCUAAAAAUACAGACCAAGUACCUGGGGCGCCAGUGGAGGAAAAGCAACAUGAAAACCAUGUCGGCCAUUUACCAGAAAGUGCGCCACCGUAUGAAUGAUGACUGGGCUUACGGGAAUGACAUCGAUGCCAGGCCAUGGGACUUCCAAGCAGAAGAAUGCACCUUGAGGGCCAACAUUGAGGCUUUUAAUAGCCGCCGGUAUGACAGGCCUCAGGACUCAGAGUUCUCACCUGUGGAUAACUGCCUGCAGAGUGUGCUGGGGCAGAGGCUGGAUCUGCCUGAGGAUUUCCACUGCUCCUAUGAGAUCUGGCUGGAAAGAGAGGUGUUUUCACAGCCCAUCUGCUGGGAAGAGCUGCUCCAGAAUCACUAAGCUCUUGUCAACAAGCGUCUGCUAGAUGGGGGUUGGCUCUGAUAAAUGGUGCUCUGCCCGCCCUGCUCAUUCAGCCUUCGCUUCCAGUUCUGGAAAUGCUUGUCCCGGGGAGAGCGUCCCAGUCCAAGGACAUCCAGUGGGUUCAGGGCAGCCUGUAGACAGUGCAAGGCAGGAUCCUGAAUCACAGAAACUUGAUGAACUCACUCUGGGGUCAUUUGGAUGCCAGGUGACCUUGGAAAUCUCCCGUUGGAUCAGUCCUUCACAUGCUCUUUUGUGGGACUGCGCUCUGCUUAGUUUUACCUAGAACCAGCCUGGCCUUUGCUGGCCCCAAGUGUGCAAAUAAGUUUAUGAUGGCAUCUGGUCCAUGGCAUUCGUCAUGGUAAUGAGAGGUGCACGUCAUAAAAGAGGGAGAACAUUUUCUUCUUGCUCACCCUGUAUUCCUAGGACUUACCAGAGGUUUGGCAAAACCAACUUUGAAAUUAAGUUGGUUUUUUUAUUUAAAAUUUUGACACUAGUCCUGGCCAGUGUGGCUCAGUUGGUUAAAGGGUCAUCCCAUGCACCAAGGGGUCUCGGGUUCCAUUUCCCAUCAGGGCACAUUCCCAGGUUGCUGGUUCAAUCCCUGGUCGGGGCACGUACAGGAAGCAACCGAUCAAUGAAAAACAUAUCCUUGGGUGAGAAUUAAAAUUUUGACACCUCUUUCUAAAGUCAUUAACUCUAAUUUUGGAGCACCUGCACCUUCUUUGUAAAGGAUGAUGAUUUACCAUUACCCAAUCACUGCAUGUUAUAGAAAGGAAUAUUGUGUAAAGUGUUUUCCCUUUCUUCUCUAAGAGGUCUAUGUUCAAUGUGAAUAUUAUUUUCUUGUGAACUCUGUAUAGGGCAUGGAGUGCUCUGUCACAACCGGCACAAAACAGGCCUCCUCAAAGGAUGUUCCAUGUUUUUCUGAAACUACCUUAGUCUUAAAAUGUCUGAGUACACUGCAGAAAUUCAUUUUCAUCCAAUUCAUUUUUUAAAUGACCAGUUAACUGCAGAUUUUAUUUAUCGAUAUGGCAUGGCCAUUUGCAUGAUCAGUUAUUGAACAGCAAGACAGCUUACCAUUUUUCUUCUAUGUUGAUUAAUAAUGAUUUUAUUUUCUUUUUUCCUGCUAGUGGUUUCAAAGUGUCAUGUGGAGAUUUAGCAAAACUGUUUCUACCGGCAAGUAUUGCACAUUUCUUUGAAAAUAUAAGGGUUGUUGUACCAACCUCUUUAAACUUCUCUUACAGCAGAAUCACAUACUUCCCAUAGAAACAAGGUUUUUAGAAAAGUCUGAUUCAAUCAGGAUCAUUUUAUUUCUCUUCUGGCCCCACAUUUGUCAUCUAUAUUUUCAGGCUUUUUUACCUUAAAUCCUCCUUCCCCCAACGUAGACAUUACUGAAUCUGUUUUAUAACAGCACCAGGCAGUUAAUCGUGCGAGGGGAUCUGAUCAAAAUUGGCUUAUUUAUACUCUGUCUUUUGUCAGCCACAGCCUCUCUGGAGUCAUGAUUGAGUUUCAAACCAUAUCCCAAGGAACGACACCAAACCAGCAAAGCCUGGGUUUCCCCUCCCUGUGCUGUCAGGGAGCAGGGUUUCUGUGUCUAUGGAUGGGUCAUGUAAAUAUGUAAGCAUGACAUUUCUUUAAAUACUUUGUACAUUUUGCCUGAAUAGGAUGGUAGCCCUCAUUGCAAUCAAAAUAAUUUACUCAGCAUAUCCUUGUGAACCCUAUUAAACUAUAAUUUUAAUGUGAUUUCAGUAAAAAGAUAAUUUUCAUAGAAAUAACAGUCAUCUAUUUCGUUUAAAGCCGUAUAGUAUUAAUUUGUGUCAAGUACAAAUAAGUUGCCCUUUUAAAAAUGUGCAUGUUGCCCUGGCCGGUUUGACUCAGUGGAUAGAGUGUCCCCCUGCGGACUGAAGGGUCCCCGGUUCGAUUUUGGUCAAGGGCACAUGCCCGGGUUGCAGGCUCCAUCCCCAGGCAAGGACAUGCAGGAGGAAGCCAAUCAAUGAUUUCCUCUCAUCAUUAAUGUUUCUAUCGCUUUCUUCCUCUUCCUUCCUCUCUGAAAUCAAUACAUAUACAUUUAAAAUAUGCAUGUGAGUGCUUUCUGAGGCUUAGAAGUAUGAUAAGUCUUAACAUUUCAUACUUUCUUACACAUCUUCUCUAAGGGAAGAUUAAUUCUCAGUGCAGAUGGAGAAAUUGUGGCACCAAGAAUAAAUGAUUAGUUUCAAAUCGCAUCAUUUUUCCACUGACUUGCUGGGACUAGGAUUCAGGUAUUGACAGCCAGCCCCGUACGUUAAGCUAACCAGGUUGAAUAUCCCAAUUUGAGAAUCCAUGUGUGUGGUUAGGAAUAAAUUCAGAUUAAUUAGCUUCCAAUCGUGAUUACUGUUACUUCAUAGAAGAACAUCAUUUGAGUGAUUCAUUAAGUAGAGGAUUUUAAAAUAUGUAUUUUUAUUGAUUUCAGAGAGAGGAAGGGAGGGGGAGAGAGAUAUAGAAACAUCAAUGAUGGGACAGAAUCAUCAAUCAGCUGCCUCCUGCACACCCCCUACUGGGGAUU